GUGAGCUGAAUGUGGAUUGUAAAACAAUGAAAAAGUGACAAAUAGUGUUUACAUUUGUUUUCUAAUUUGUUUUAAAGUUAUAAUUUUUAAUAUAACGCAGAAUAAGAGUGUGUGUAAAUUUGAUUAAAAGUGUAAGCAAAUAAAAAAAUAACACAUAAUUAUGUAUAAUGUACCACAUAAGUAUCGCCAAGUUUGUCGAUUGUGCCUCACUUUGGUUAAUGAGUGCGAUAUCGGAGAUCUACAAAUUUAUAAUAGUGAGACAAGCGCAAAUGAAACAGUUGGCAGUAGCCAACACCAAUUAUAUGUUAAUCAGUGCAAUAUAAAUGAGAAUGCAUCGAAUUCGAAUUCGAAAUGUGUAUGCAAUGCAUUGGACCCAAAUCCAAAUACAUGUUGCUGCCAAUGUGAUAACUCGUUAUCAGCAGUGCAAAGCAAUAAUCCAAAUCCAAAACCGAAUCCUCAACAUAAAAAUACAAAUAAAAACAAUUAUACACCGAGUGUGCCUUCUGCUAUUGCCAACCCGCCCUGCAAAAUUGACAACAACAAUAUUAUGUAUGCACGCAUGUUUUCCAAUCAAUCGGAAAAUGAAGUAAUAAUAACGAGCGAAGCAACAAAUCCAAUUGGCCAGGAGCAGCAACAACAAUUUAUACACAACAACAACAACAACAAGAAGCAGCAGCAACAUGAUAUUGUUCUUUACGAUAAUGCCACUAAGUCAUCAUCAGCAACAAAACAUCAUGUAUUUCAUGAUAUCGGCGAAAAUACUUCAAGCAACGAAAAUUACAAUCAAGAGCAUAAAGAUGAUUCAUCACCGCACAUUACAAUUCAGAUAUUCAACUGUCUCUCUAUUAAGCCAUUACCGAAUGAUGGAUUCCCUACAGUUAUCUGCCGUGAGUGUCGUACAAAGCUUGAAUCGUUUUGGAAGUUUCGCAACAUGGCGUUGAAUUCACAUUUGGCAUUAAGAGAAUUUUUAACAAUAUCGGAAUCGUCGAAGCUUGAUACAAAUCAUUUGGAAUCAAAACUUGAUGAAAUUUUAAAGUCCACAUCCGAGGCAAUAGCGGCAAAGGCACUGACUGAACUAAGCAAAUCUUCAAAAACCAGAUAUAGCCAACGGCAACCAAAACUUGAUGGUCCUUUAAAUUCAGCAAAGAAUCUGGAGCGACAUAUGGAGAAUAACAUAAGAGACAUUCAGACGCCUUUAAUGUAUUCAAACUUAUUUGAAAGUCCAUCCCAAUCACAAACAUCCAGUAAUGCUAUUGAAAGAGAGCCGAUGAAGAUUCAAGAUUCAAAUCUAAUGACAGCGCGAACAGCAACAAUUAAAACUGAGAAAUAUUUUGAAUUAGAUAACGGUACGGCGAUGAAUUCAAAAGAUCCAGAUGUUGAGCAAUAUAAAAGCUUGCAACAGCAAUUAGAGACUGCCGCAGUGCUUAUGGAUAUAAGUAAAAAGAUUGUCAUUUCACCACCAUGCUCGAAUCCCCAAUCUCCUUGUCUCUCUGCAAUUGUAGAUACAAGUAUUAAAAGUUCUGUGAUAAAAUCAAAACGUCCAUCAAUCGAUAAUGAGAUGCAAGAUAGUGUUGAAAUCGACUUGUCCGUGAAAAAGAAGAAAAUUGAAUAUUCCACUGAACGGAAUGUUGUAGCUCCAACAACAGCAACAACAAUAGCCACAAUAGCAACAACAGCAACAACACGUAACACAUUUGGUCAACCUCCAAUACUUGAUAUCCAGGCGAAUCCUAUAAGGAUUGGCGAUGGCGAUCCUAAAAAUUAUAGUAUUACUAUUAAUGAUGUUGGCUCGUCUGGAUACCAAUUGAACACUAAAAAACUGAAUACCGAAAGUAUUGCUACCACUUGUCUAUCGGACUCUGAGGACAGCUCUGAUUCGAAUAAACUAGAAAUGGAUAUUGCAUCUGCUAUGAACGAUCGAAAGACUCCGGAGAGCGUUAAUUCUGAUCAUGCAACAGAUGCGGCGACGACACAACUUUGGCAAGCAUUGGCACGAUCCGCUGCAAAAAACAAAGAGGAAAGUCGAGCAUCGCAAUUAUUGCGAAACAUGAUGAAUCAAACUUUUGUAUUUCCUGUGCCGUCGACCAUAGCAUUGACAAAAGUACCUGAAGAACCAUUACCACUAUUAAAGGAUAUGUCUGAAUCUCAAUCGAGUGUUGUCAAAAUAUGUAGAAGAAAGCAAAGUUUUCCUACAAAAACAGAUUGCAUCGAGUCUCCAGAUAUUAAGGUGACCGAUACUUUCGUUCGUUCCGAAAGUGUAUCAAAUACAUUGACAGAAGGAAUCAAAGACAAAAAGAGCUUAAAAUGCAACAGCACAAGUGCUCUGUCUACAUCACAGAAGGACAUGUCUUGCUCGAAUUGUGGAACCUUAACAACAACAAUUUGGCGACGUAGUGUCAGAGGUGAAAUGGUUUGUAAUGCUUGCGGAUUGUACUUUAAGCUACAUGGCGUUAAUCGACCCCAUUCAAUGAGACGCGAUACCAUCCAUACUCGGCGCAGGCGUCCAAAAGAAUGUGAGAAAUCGAAGAAAAGAAACCGACAAUUACCCUGCAAUUCGGCGGUAGAGUAUGAAACGCAUAACAUCAGUAGUCCCGUUGAAUGCAAGAAACUGGAUUUAUCAAUAAAUCAGGAAACACUCAGUAUUUCAGAUCUAGUAUUUAACAAAUACAAAUCGGAAUUAUCUGAAACAGGAGGAGCGGCAGCAACACUAAAAGAUGUUAUUUUAAAACGAAAAAAAUCACAAUCUUUGCCUGAGUUUAAUGAUACCUGCGAAGGCGAGGAACUAUCUGUACCUCUUAACCUUGUUUCCAGUGAAAAUAAUGCAAAGUUAACAUACAACGCCAAAUAAAAAAGAAAUCAAGUAAUCAAGCCUUCAAGCGCACACAAUUUUAUUUAUGAACUCAAAACCAACAACAAAUAGAAAACAACAAAAUAAAAUUUAAACACUAAUAUAAAUAUAAAUAUACAUAUAUAAAUUCAAAUUUAUAUAUAUGUAUAUAUUAAAAUCUAUAUAUACACGUAGAGUGUCACACACGAUAUAUACUUACAUAUGUAUAUAUAUACAUAUAUACUCAUACUCAUAUUAAUUUGUAUUCUUAGAAACUAAUACCAAAAUACUAAAAAAAAAACUCGGUUCAAAGUUUUAAUUUUAUGGUGUGAAAUAAAUUAACUUAAGCACGGACAGAAUUACUUAAUGCUUUUUAUAAAUAAAAUAAAAAUUUAAGCAAUUAAAGAGAUAUUGAUAUUUAUUGAAAUACAUGCUUCAGUAUUUUUAACAUUUAAUGACACACUUAAGUAGCUUGGCAUUAUAAAACGACACCAUCGACAAAACUAUAUUAUCACAAACCAAAUGCACUCAUUUCAGCAUUCUAAUCAAA